GCAUAAUGGUUUGCCCGAACGGUGACAUCACCUUUCCACCGCUAGACAGGACGUCGGAAGCUCCUAGCUAGAGACGUUUUGUUUUGAUAUUUCAGCAUCUGAUCCAACUCAACCACAUCGACAUUAGCUGCUUAUUUGCGCGUAGGAUUCUGGUUUUAGCAUCACGCCUCAGUGUGAGGAUACGGCCAAAAUGAAAUGGAUGUUUAAAGAGGAUCAUUCCCUCGAACACAGAUGUGUGGAGUCAGCCAAAAUACGCAACAAAUACCCUGACAGAGUGCCGGUGAUAGUGGAGAAGGUUUCCGGCUCACAGAUUGUGGACAUCGACAAGCGAAAGUAUCUGGUUCCAUCCGACAUCACCGUGGCUCAGUUCAUGUGGAUCAUCAGAAAACGCAUUCAACUGCCCUCAGAGAAGGCCAUCUUCCUCUUCGUCGACAAAACGGUGCCCCAGUCUAGCCUCACCAUGGGCCAGCUGUACGACAAGGAGAAGGACGAGGACGGCUUCCUCUAUGUGGCCUACAGCGGGGAGAACACCUUUGGUUUCUGAGCCUGACUGCAGCCCAGAUGCCCCCUCGGCCUUUCUUAUCCCUUUCUCCCUCUUUCUCUGCACAAUACCCUUGGUUUUAUUUUCCUGUUCUGGAAUGUCGCCAUUUUCAGGAGUCCUCAAAGGAGGAGAGUGCUAAUGACACCUAAUGCUAAAACUGAUACCAUGCACUAAAUAUGUGGUACAUUUAGUGAGGAUCACAGUGAGCGUUUGUCAAAUGACGGCCAUGUUCAAGACGAAUUAACAGUCCCAUCCUAUUCGCAAGCCUUGUUCGAAAGCCUGUUUGUUUCAACGUUUUGACUUGCAGGAUUGUUUGCAAGAGGAUAUUUAUAUGGCGCUACCAAAAAACACAAUCCAAACUAUAUAGAGAGACAUAAUUUAAGAUUUACACUAUGAAUGGAGGACUUAAGUUUGGCAAAAUCCACCAACAUUUUCUGACUUUGAUUACAAACUGUGUAGUGAACGCUUACAUAAGUCAAAUAUGUGUUUAGUGUAUUGUGAUAAAUGUACAUUGAGAGCUGUUUUUGGCUCAUCACCCACAAACCCACACCAUCACACCUAUAUUGACA